AAAAUGUUGGGCACCUUGUUUAGUAGACAUUCAUAUACAAAUUUAUAACAACUCUGUUUGUUGGCAGACCAAUAUACAAGUACAGUUGUUCUUGUUUCAUUGAUCUUUACUGCCAUACGAAGUCGAGCCUUGUGUACCAAUCUAUUGGGAUUGGCUGAUUUCUACUGCCAUGAUUAAGUAGGGUUGGCUGAUCUCAACCGCCAUGAUUAAGUAAAUACGAUUAGAGAGAGGUUGUCAAGUCUCGCGAUAUUACUGAGAUCAACCGCAAGUUCAAAGUUCUCAUAUUCACCUCUCUUCGGCAACGUACGCUUCGCUUUUGUUCCCCUUGCCGCAACUGCUCUACCAUUAUGCAAACUAUCUGGUCUCGUUGGUAUAUUGACUUGAUACUGCUGCAUGACUGAUGAAUUAGUUGCGAAUAUAUCUUAGAAUUUCUCGUUACCCAAAAAUGGGAAAAUGUGUUAUUAUAGAGAGGGAAUCCGUGGGAGACCGAAACGACCCUCUACAAGUAAAAGUUGAUGCCAAGUCCUCAUCAGGGAGGGGUAGGGAAGGGAGACAAGCAAGUAGAUCAGCCUUGUCAUGUAACUCGAAUGGGGUAAGACCAAACUAAAUGGGCCCAGCAUUUUCAGCGGCCACGUAUUCCUCUCUUCACAUCUCCAACUCUUUCACCAAUAUAAAGGGCUUUUAAGUCCAAGAAGUCCUUCAUUCCACAAUCUUAAAUCUCACACACCAAUAUUCAGAGUUAUAGCACACUCCAUCUCUUUGUAUGAAAAAUGGCAGCAAACUCAUUGCCUUUGAGGUGUUCGAAGCUCCGGUCAUGGUCAUGGCAACGGUGUUCAAAGCAGAUCCGAGAGCAAAGGGCUCGGGUUUACAUCAUCUGGAGAUGUACUGUGAUGCUUCUAUCCUGGCACGACUGAGUUUUCAAGAUUAAGAACGUGUAGAAUUAACCAAAAGGAGGGGCAUGGCUAGAAGUACUGGGUGAUCCUGAGAGAGAGACGGUAGGUUUAUUAGAUAGACUUGUAUAAUGGGUGCACACAGCCCCUCUUCAGAUCAGUUUCUGAAAGUUCUGUAGAGUCUCUAACCCAAAAAAAGGCAACUUCUGUAGAGGCAUAAUAUGAACGUCUUCUUUUGUUUCUCUUUUACAGUCCCACCCAACCGACCAGGGAAAAAUCUGCUGUCUCGUUUCAUAUCAAGUAAUCUUUGAUGACGAACGUACAUUAUUCCAGUAGAAUAUACUCCUUGAUAUACAGGUGUAUAGUUACAGGAACUAAUUAUGGGAGUUGAAAUCGUCAAAUCUCCCAUCAAACGAAGUCUUCUCCUGCCUGCUUAUUCCCACCCUUAUCUGAUCAAGCUAGUCUCUUUAACAUGAAAGAACAAAAAGGUUGAGCAUCAAAAACUAAUAAUGCAAACAAACUAUUCCCACUUGAAUUUAUGCUGUACAUAUAAGAGCCUAGAAAUACUUGUUAUAUGCAAUCAAGGCAGUUCUAGGGAUCAUCCCUUUGUAAUUAUUGACUGUGGGAUAUUGAAAAAAGAUGCCCCAAGGGCAGCUACUAUAAGAAAUGUAUUUUGUGGCUCCAAAAGGAAAAACUAGGAAGCAGACUCAUUACUAACUACAUUACUAACACCACAUAAACCGGUACUCUUAAUAGUUCUGUUUCCCUGCAGUAUC